CAGGGGCUAAUCGCCGCCGCGGAACAUCAGCCACCCCUUCCACAUCUUGUUGUUGCUCAGCAAGGGCCCAAGGGUUAUAUAAGCCUUGCUGACCCAACGCAGCAGUCCUCAAGCCAGAGUGCCUCCUCCUAGCAAGCUAUAUACCUACAUAGUACAGCCAUGGCCCCCACCGUGAUGGCCUCGUCGGCCACCUCCGUCGCUCCUUUCCAGGGGCUCAAGUCCACCGCCGGCCUCCCCGUCAGCCGCCGCUCCAACGGCGCUAGCCUCGGCAGCGUCAGCAACGGUGGAAGGAUCAGGUGCAUGCAGGUGUGGCCCAUCGAGGGCAUCAAGAAGUUCGAGACCCUGUCUUACCUGCCACCGCUCAGCACGGAGGCCCUCCUCAAGCAGGUGGACUACCUGAUCCGCUCCAAGUGGGUGCCUUGCCUCGAGUUCAGCAAGGUCGGGUUCAUCUUCCGUGAGCACAAUGCGUCUCCCGGGUACUACGACGGCCGCUACUGGACAAUGUGGAAGCUGCCUAUGUUCGGGUGCACCGACGCCACACAGGUGAUCAACGAGGUGGAGGAGGUCAAGAAGGAGUACCCUGACGCGUAUGUCCGCAUCAUCGGAUUCGACAACAUGCGCCAGGUGCAGUGCGUCAGCUUCAUUGCCUUCAAGCCACCGGGCUGCGAGGAGUCCGGCAAGGCCUAAACAGCUCACUCACCACGGGCCACAUAUAAAGUGCCAUUGCAGUUUUGUCAACUCUGACAUUGCUUUGGGUUUUCCUUCUCCAUUUGUCUUUCUUACUUGUUCCUAAGAAUAUGUGUAUGUCCAUGUUCAUGUAACAACAUGGCUCGAGAAAGCGUGCUCGUAUGUGAAUGCAAUCGGUGGCUAUGUAUAUGCACAUGCACAUAAUAUAUUAUACAAUCUGUCGACUAUGUAUUCGGGUAAUUAAUAAUGAGAAACAUCUUUGCCACCGCA